CAAUCGCCACGAGAGUACUUAUGGUUGCGUUCUAAAGCUGCGUCCACUCGUCCAAUCAGCUCCCGGAAGAUUGUUCAGCUUUUUGAUUCUCCAGGGCGGCCUUGAGGGGCUCUGCGGGGGGUGUGAAGAUGGCCCAAAAUCUCUUCAGAUCAUUGUUGUCUAUUCCGGUCAAGCGUCUCACGCCAGUGUUUCAUCCCAGACCUUCAUUGCUUCUGUACAGAGUUUCAGCUCUGCCAUGUAGGAGACCUUGGUGUACUUCCUUUGCUUCUCCUGCCAUGCAUUCACAGACUAGGACAUUUUCUACUACUCAGGUCUGUUGGCAUACUUUUAAUGUCCAGGAUGAGAAUGACUUCCAAGACAGAGUUUUGAAAAGUGAAAAACCCGUGGUGAUAGACUUCCACGCCCAAUGGUGUGGUCCCUGCAAAAUCCUGGGUCCCAGACUAGAAAAGGUCGUGUCCAAACAUGAGGGGAAGAUUCUGAUGGCGAAAGUGGACAUUGACGAUCAUACUGAUCUUGCCCUUGAAUAUGAGGUGUCAGCUGUACCCACUGUCUUAGGCAUGAAGAAUGGUGAUGUGGUGGAUAAGUUUGUGGGAAUCAAAGAUGAAGAUCAAUUAGAAGCUUUUCUCAAAAAACUCAUUGGACCCUGAGCAGCAAGGACAGUUGUGUUCUCCGAGCCAAGGCUUAUUCCAUUUGUCCCUUUUUAAAAUAUAUAUAUACAUGUUUCCUUAGAGGGGAAUGGGACAAAUUGUAUGGUUGGACUAGCAUCUGUUUUUUGAAGAGAGCGGAUGAUGCCUACUUCCCCCAUCUUCUGGGGGAGAGGUACUAGUGGUUCCUACUGCCAUGGAAAGACUGCUUGCUCUGUGACAGAGAAAGACUGGAGAUUGCUGCCUGCUAGCAGAUGCCCGAUGACAAGAAAGUCUUCCUAAUAUAGCAGCCUCUUCUUAAUGUACUUUCUCAUACAUAUUGGAGACACUUCCCUUUCCUGUCCAACCCAAUGUAAAACCCAAUGUGGUUAAUUAUUGCUGCUUAUGGCAGCAGUUGUUCUGCUUCAUCUCUGCAGCUUUCCUCCUUUGUUUAGUGGUAGAUUAAAAUCAUUUGCAGUUUUUGACGGUAGCCUCAAUGCCUCUCCUGCUGUCAUCAAUUAAAUUGAGAGAAACAUUGAUUGAUUGGAGCCUUUUUAUUAGUAGAUCUAUAAUAAAAAAUAGCUGUAAUUACUGCAUUUUCUUUUGGUAUAGAAUUUCCCUUCUGCAGGAAAAUUAAAAUUGUUCAAUGUGGCUUGAGUACUUUAGGGUUGAAUACAAAAUAUGAAUAAGGAGGAGUUGGGCAUUAAACCUUUGCUAGUCCACAGACACAAAGCCUUUUGUGAGAAGAAACUGUCCCCUCUUUUUUGCCUAAGCAUUUUAUCUCCAAACAUAUUGGGGGAAAUCAUGCAUUAGAAGUGCUUUUUUAAAAAAGAACCAAUGAAAGGGAAUACUUUUAUGCGACUUUCCACUCAUUUUUGAAUUUAUUCUCUAUAAAUGAUAAAUCAAGUCAAAUUUAAAUUUCACAAUGUUUUAAUUUCAAGUCCAAUUUAUUUAGAUUUUGCUAUGAAUUUUUACAUUUUCACAAAUCUAGUAAAAUCUA